CGGUACUGUUCAAUUGCCGCACGCUGCGGUUUUCGUGCCUCUUCACACACUCCCAAUCCUCUCAUUCUAACAUCUCUCAGCUUGCAAGGACAAGCCAACUCUCCCAGACCGCAAUCCGGACAGCAACCAAUCAACCCUACAGGGCCCAUUCGACGAUGACUGACUUCAAGGAGAAGGCACUGGACUUUUGCUCCUUUGUCAAUGCAUCCCCCACACCUUUCCACGCCGUUGCCUCUGCCCGCACGCGCCUCGUCGAUGCUGGCUUCAAAGAGAUCAAGGAAAAGGACGCUUGGUCGUCCAUCUGCAAGCCGGGCGGGAAAUAUUACCUGACUCGAAAUGGCUCAACCAUCAUCGCCUUCGCCGUUGGCCGCAAAUGGAAGCCCGGCAAUUCCAUCGCCAUGCUCGGUGCCCACACCGACUCUCCAUGCUUACGAGUCAAGCCUGUUUCUAAGAAACGUGCCGAAGGAUUCAUUCAAAUUGGUGUCGAGACCUAUGGAGGCGGUCUUUGGCAUACAUGGUUUGAUCGCGACCUAGGAAUUGCUGGCCGUGUAAUGGCCAGGAACAAUGAUGGCUCUAUCUCUGCCAGACUUCUCCGCAUUGAUCGUCCAAUUCUCCGAAUACCUACUCUCGCGAUUCACUUUGAACGCCAGGAGACAUUCUCUUUCAAUAAAGAGACUCAGCUCUUCCCGAUUGCCGGCUUGGUGGAGGCUGAGCUGUCCAGAGUUGGCGGCGACCACGCCUCAACGGAGCCGUCUAAGAGUGAAGACAAGACAGAUGACGCCCCCACUGCACCUCUAAAAGUCAUAACCGAACGUCACCACCCAUACCUUAUUGAGCUCAUGGCAUCUGAACUUGCACUCAAACCUGACGAUAUCGUUGACUUUGAGAUCCUCCUCUACGACACCCAAAAGGCCUGUCUCGGUGGCCUCCUUGACGAGUUUAUCUUCUCGGCGAGACUUGACAACCUCAAUAUGUCCUACUGUGCUACCAUGGGCUUUAUCGAAUCUCUGUCCAAAUCUUCGGCUCUCGACAAUGAGACCUCGAUCCGCCUGGUCGCUCUGUUUGACCACGAGGAAAUCGGCAGCAAAACCGCCCAAGGUGCAGAUUCGAACGCCCUGCCAGCGAUCCUGCGCCGUCUUGCCGUCCUGCCCUCUUCGGGAAAGGAAGACACGUCUACCGCCUACGAGCAAUCUCUAUCGACUUCUUUCCUUCUUUCCGCCGACAUGUCCCAUUCCGUGAACCCCAACUACGCAUUCAAAUACGAACCGGAUCACAAGCCCGAGAUGAACAAGGGACCCGUGAUCAAAAUCAACGCGAACGCUCGCUACGCUACGAACUCUCCAGGAAUCGUUCUCGUGCAAGAAGCCGCCCGCCUAGCCAAGAGCGGUAGCGACACCGCCAAUACCGUCGGCGUGCCACUCCAACUCUUUGUUGUGCGCAACGACUCGUUGUGCGGAAGUACCAUUGGCCCAAUGCUGUCGGCCGCAUUGGGAACUCGGACCGUGGACUUGGGUAAUGCACAGCUGAGCAUGCAUAGUAUUCGAGAGACUGGGGGAACAAAGGAUGUGGGCUAUGCCGUGCGUUUGUUCAAGAGCUUUUUUGAGAAUUUCUCGCAGUUAUCGCAGAGAAUCUUCGUCGAUUGA